AUGGCUGGUGAGAUUUUUGGCGAGGAGAAGAGAUACCAGGACAAGGCUUGCCAGGUGUUGUCUGCGGUAGGAAACGUGGGAGUGGUGAUUGGGUUGGCAAUGGGCGGGCUUUUGGCGGAGCCGGUAAAGACGAUGCCGGGACUGUUUGGUGCAGAGGGGGCGUUGAAUUGGAGUGGGAGUGAGGAGGGAGUGAAGUGGAUGGUUGAAUAUCCAUUUGCCUUACCGGCAGUCAUGAAUGCCAUGUUGCUUGGGGUAAUGGCCAUGGCGGUUACGACACGGCUGAGAGAGACGAUGCAUGACCAAGACCACGUCGGAGAUGGUACUGAGUGUCUCGCACAGAGACCUUACAUCCUCUUGAACGACACCGAAAACCUCUUUUCCGACCGUUACCAAGAAAAGUCCCGAGCCAAAACACCUCUCCGCUCAGCCCUCACGGCCCGCACUAUCCCCUCCUUAAUCUCCUCCUUCCUCCUAACUCUCCACACCUCCGCCUUCGCCUUUAUCCUCCCUCUUCACCUCUCUAUCCCUUCCUCACCUUACAGUCCCUUCAUGUCCAACUCCUCCCACUCUCUAGUUCCCGUUCUCUUCCGCUUCACCGGCGGACUUUCCCUCUCCCCCUUUACCAUCUCUCUCUAUCUCUCCCUUUUUGCGCUUCUCGGCCUUCUCUUCUUGGUGUUCAUCUACCCGCGGUGGCAGAACCGGCUGAGCACCAUGGGCUUGUUUGAGCUGUCGCUGGCUAUCUUCCCUUUUGUCUAUCUGUUGACUCCCUAUUUGUCUCUGUUCUCCUGGAGCCACCAGGACACUGACAGCAUAACGGGAUGUGCCGGGAUCAUGAAGUGGAUUGCUUUAGGGGUGGUGAUAGGGGGGCAGACGUUGGCGAUGACGAUGGCGGGUCCUAGUGCUGAGGUGUUGCUUGCUCAGUCGGCGCCAUCGGACGAAGUGCGGGAAAGGGUGAAGGAGGUAAGACAGUUGGUGACGAGUUUUGCGAGCGUGGUGGGACCGGUUGUUGGAGGGGUGGUGUACGCGAAGGGGCUGAGGGACGGGGUGAUCGGUACUGCGUGGUGGUUUUACCUCGUUGUCGUGGCGGUGGUGGCUGCGGCGUGGUGCGUGGGUGCUCAGGGGAGAGUAUAUGAAGAGCCCAUGGAUGAUGAGAAGAAGUAG